GUUCGCAUCUCGAAUCAUGAGAAAAGUCUCCCGGAACACCAAUUCGCAACACCACGUCGUCAUACACUCUCCAACGAUACCACCUAAAUGGCUGCGCCAACCAGAUGUAUGGCCACGGCCACGAGAAGUAUCCAAAACCCACAAGCGGCGCGCAUCACGUAUCGAACAUUCGCCUCUAGCACAUCGAGUCCGGCCGCAUCAUCGCGGAAAGUAGCGGCGGCAAACACAACAUGUCUGAGGCAAUUACAGACAGCACGGAACGCAUCUGGGAAGGCAGCGACUAGCUGCCAGAGUCAGACAAGGAAUUUCUCGCAAUCGGCGUCGCGGAGCAAGCUCAAGACGAUAGAUCAAAUCCGGGCAAGGAACAAGGGCGGGCCAUUCAACCUCACAGCCGCAAUCCUCUUCGUUGCAGCCGGUGGAGGACUAUGGGCCUACUUCACAUACGAGAAAGAGCGCAUGGCACGAAAGCGGAUAGCAGAGCAGACAAAAGGCAUUGGCAAGCCCAAAGUAGGCGGGCCAUUCCACCUCGUAGACCACAACGGCAAGCCCUUUAGCAACGAGGACAUGCUAGGCAAAUACUCUUUGGUCUACUUCGGCUUCACCCACUGCCCCGACAUCUGCCCCGACGAACUCGACAAAAUGGCCCUCAUGUACGAUAAAGUCGUUGCCGAAUGCGGAAACGUCCUCCUCCCCAUCAUGAUCACAUGCGACCCCGCGCGCGACAACCCGAGCGUACUCAAGGAAUACCUGGCCGAGUUCCACCCUGAUUUCAUUGGGUUGACGGGCAACCACGAGCAGAUCAAGGAUACUUGCAAGGCGUAUAGGGUGUACUUUAGCACGCCCAAGGAUACCAAGCCCGGUCAGGACUACCUGGUUGAUCACAGCAUUUACUUCUAUCUGAUGGAUCCAGAGGGCGAUUUCGUCGAGGCGAUCGGACGCAAUUUCACCGCUGACCAGGCUGCCAAGGUCAUUUCGGAUCAUAUCAAGGACUGGGAGAAGCCUUUGAAGAAGGAAAUGAGAUGGGAGUAGACCACUGGACGACAUGAGCGGAAAACUGAAGGGACAAACACAACGGGGGUGUGUGGCUUGCAUACAAAUGCUCCUGAGAAGCGAGCGCGGGGUGCAUCGGUUGCAAGCGGAGGUGCAGAACUACAGUGUAUGAAUAUGAUAGGAGUGGACUUGUACUAUACCACGAGUGAAGGUCUGUAGACUACCUGUAUGAACAAUCAUGUCACGAACAUGUAGACGCCGCUUGCGAACAUGAAGUUGACAGGUGUGGAUAACAACUCGAAGCUAUCGUCUACAACAGCGCGCAAUAGCAAAGAGCAUGAUCCUUGAUGCUAGUAUAUACGUCUAAGGCGUAUGUCUGUAUCCAUAGCGUUGAUGUUCAUGAACGAACAUGCGUUGCGCCUUGCGCCCUGGCAAAGCUCAAUGCUCUUGCCACCACGAAUAUCCUGUCUGAUCAAUGAAUAGCAUAUCUUGGAAGAUGGCAUAC